CCUUUAACCCACGGGAUGCUGAUUAACCAGGCGGCCAAUAGGCGGCUGGGCGGAACCGCGCCCCUCCGAGGGCCGCAGGACACCGCUGGGAGCAGCGCUGCUCCCGGGAGCCAUGGAGCGGCCGGUGCGAGUGCGGACUUGGGUGAAGGAGAACCAGGACUCCUUCCUGCCCCCCGUCUGCAACAAGCUCCUUUCCCCUCUUUGUUGGCAGGCGUGAGCACACGCACACACAUGCUUACACACAAACACAUGCGCGCACACACACGGAUACACACGUGCGUGCGCAUACACACGCACAUGCUGGGGUCCAGCCCCAGCAGGUCCAGGGGUUCCCCAAGGUGUGGACGGAGUCGGCGAAGAAGGAAGGACACGGAGACAGCGUUCAGGCAUAAGGAGCAGCUCAAAGUCAUGUUCAUCGGGGGCCCCAACAUCAGGAAGGACUACCACAUCGAGGAGGGUGAGGAGGUGUUUUACCAGCUGCAGGGCGACAUGGUCCUCCAAGUCCUGGAGCGAGGGAAACACCGGGAUGUGGUCAUCCGGCAGGGAGAGAUAUUCCUCCUGCCCGCUGGGAUCCCCCACUCUCCACAGAGGUUUGCCAACACGGUGGGGCUGGUGAUUGAGCGGAGGCGGCUGAAAACCGAGCUAGAUGGGCUCAGGUACUACGUAGGAAACACCACGGAUGUCCUGUUUGAGAAGUGGUUCUACUGCGAGGACCUCGGCACACAGCUGGCCCCCAUCAUCCAGGAAUUCUUCAGCUCUGAGCAGCACAGGACAGGAAAGCCCAUCCCUGACCAGCUGCUCAUGGACACGCCGUUCCCCCUGAGCACACGAUCCGUCAUGGAGCCCAUGUCCUUGGAGGCCUGGCUGGCUGGCCACCGCAGGGAGCUGCAGGGGGGCGCAUCCCUCAACCUGUUUGGGGACACCUAUGAGACCCAGGUGAUCGUCCAUGGACAAGGCAGCAGCAAAGGCUGGAAGCAGAACGUGGACAUGUGGCUGUGGCAGCUGGAGGGCUCCUCUGUGGUGACCAUGGGGGGACAGCACCUGAGCCUGACCCCCGAUGAAAGCCUCCUGGUGCCAGCCAGGACUGAGUACUCCUGGGAGCGAGGGCAAGGCUCUGUGGCCUUGGCUGUGACUCAAGACCCUGCCCGCAAGAAGCCCCUGGGGUGAUCGUCCUGCUGCAUGUGCACAGCGCCACCCCUGCCGAAACUACUUCUUUCCCGGCCCCCACUGCUUCUCAGUCUACUGCUGCUGAGUGCCUCGGCGGCCCCUCCCCCCACCGGGCCCUGGACAUCAUUGUCUUUCAUCCUCCUCCGGUCCUCAUCCUCUCGUCCCAGACUCUCCCCCUCUCCUCUACAGCCCUCAGCCCCCUGCCCCACACAGUUCGGUCAGGUGGUCUGUCCCUGAGUCUGGGCUGCCUCUCCGUCUCUCUGUCCUCACAGCCUCAGUUCACUACUUGUCUGCCACCCAGAAGGCCCUCAAUAAAGGCUUCCUGGUGGAUGAGCGCCCGUGGGUCUGCAAGGACACAGGCUGUGGUCGAUGGCUGACCCCAUGUGCUCACGUGACUGUAAUCUGCAGUGUUCAUGCACCGGGUGACUGUGAAGGGUGUCCCUGCUUGUAGAGGGGCUUUCAUCACUGUGCCUGUGGCCUGGUCCACAUGGGCCAGGUGUUUGUCCUGGAGGCACAGAGAAUGUUGUCUCUCUGCCUCUUUCUCACGUAUUUUCUUAACAUAAUUUUUAAAAUAGCAUCAGUUAGGUUUUUCCUCCCAAUAACAGGAGUGAUUUCUGCUAGUU